AUGAAAGACAAAAUAAAGCAUUUAGAAGCCCGUCUCGCUGAAUUCGAUGGACAAAAGAAUGAUCCAAAUCCUAUUGUAGUCGAAGACAAAUCAUGGUACGUCAAAGAUCUGAGGAGUUCCAAGUUACCUCCAUCGACUAAUGAUUCAACCAACUUUACCAAGGUCAAAGACAGACAUUUAGAAGCUGGUUCGUCGGACAUCGUAAUAUCGAAAUUAGCGGAAAUGCAACAUAUCAACGUAUCAGCAAAUGAUAACUUUUCGAAUCUAUACAACAAUAAGCUACCUCAGAAACAUAUUUCGAACAAGGAAGGAAUUAAAAGCAUGUCUCUUUCUUACGCAGAAGAAAUGGUUAGUUACGCUCAUUUUUACCUAGCAUCAGUCAACUUACCAUUUGAGGAAGGAUAUAUAAGAGCCAAACUUCGCCAGUUCUAUAGUAAUGGACAUUGGGAAUUUCUGUCAGAUGAGUAUUGGAAACCACUUAUUUAUGUGUUACUCGCGCUAGGUCAACAUUACAUUGGUAUUCGCUCAGAUUUAGCUGAAGGAGAGUUGUGUAAAGAAGAUAAACUAGUUCCUGAAACAUAUCCGUUAUUUUGGGCCGGGUUGUCUGAAAUCUUCCCUUUGAGAAAUGUAUAUAAUGACAAAAUCGUCAUAAUUUUAAUUUUAGCAGCGUAUUACUUUAGAUCCAUCAAUGAAGAUCAAAAUGCAGUAAUGUAUUCUACAUUGGCUAUGCAAGUUUCAAUACAAUUGAAUCUACAUCUUCAGCCAGAAGAUAAUGCUUAUUCUGAAGAAGACGUCGAGAUUAGAAAGAGAAUAUUCUGGUCUGCUUUUACUACCAAUAGGUUUUUAUGUGCCAAAUUAGGACAUCCCACCCUACUUGAUGCAUCUGAUAUAACUGUUUCAUAUCCGAAGAUGGUUUCUUUUGACGAUGGUAUCUGUAAAAAGAUUACUUUUCCUGAUGCAGAAGACAUGAAAUCUUUUCUUGAAUUAGCUAAAAUAGCUGAAGAUAUUGUGAACGUGGUAUAUAAAAAGAGAUCGCUAAGUGGAAAACUUGCUGGUGAUGAUGGUGGACUAUUGGCAUCAGUUGAUAUAAUAAUUCGAAGACUAAUUGACUGGAACGAAAAUCUACCAUCCAACUUUAGGUUAAAAUUAGACGAAAGAAAACAUGGUGAUGGGAGGAUGAAAAGACUUAAAUGCUCACUCCAUCUCAACUACUGCUAUCAGAUUCACCUUGCUACAGUAGCCGUUCUUUAUCAGCUUGUACAUGAAAAAGCGCACGCAGAGGAUAGCUCAUUCAGCUUAGCUAAUAUCUCCCUGAAUAUCUUGACAAUGUUGACUAUUUGCAUCAAUGCUGCACAGCUUACAACAAAUAUUAUGAUAACGUGCUUCAAAGAGACGACUAUUGCAGUGUUCGGGGUGGUCGAUGUAGAUUACGUUUUCAGUGCAUCCUUGACAUUUUCUUUGUCAAAAUUCUUGGGUAUGUCUGAUGAAGGCAAUAUACAAAACUCACUCAAUUCUUGCUUGGAUAUUUUACAGGAAUUAUCCCGGAAAGGUAACUCUAAUGCUACGGCGAAGUUUUCGAAAAUCAGACUUUUCAUCCAGGGACUAACAGAGAGGUCUAACGAAACGUUCGAAUUUCAUUUCAAUUCAAAUCAUUCGGAGAACAACUUAUUUGAUCUAUCAGAAGGAUCAAAACAAAAACAUGCCUCCGAUGCAAACGAGUCGAUUUUCUCUUUAGAUUCGUUCCCUCAAAGAAAGGACGAGGACGAACGAUUAUUAUUCCCAUCUCAGAUAUUAGACACUUCCUUCGUACCAUCUUUAAAUGAUUCGGUACUCAAUAGGAAGUCCAAAUUCUUUGAUGAGACCGAUGUCGAAUUUUGGGAAAACGCAUAUUCUAACAUUCAUAUUUGGGCCGGUAACAUUGAUCAUUGGGACGCAACUUGA